UAGUGUUCUCAUCUCGCCAGGGCAAAAAAAAUGUGUAAUCCUGAAGAACUGAUCACUCUUCACCCCGCGUUUCCACCGCGCAGUAUGAAAGUGAAAGACAUCAUCGCUCGUUUACUAAAGUACAAAUCCGAAGCAGAAGAAUACAUCCAGGGACUUCCAGCCAUUUAUCAACCAGGAUACAAAGAAGAUGGCGACUCUUCCAGUUCAUCAGACGAAGAAUCAUCCACCAACAAGACGAAGAAGCCCAAGUCGAAGCAACGCCGGAAUGAACUCAGAAAACUCGGUCUUAUCGGAGAUUCGACUCGUGCAAUGAGCAGACAGGAACUGGAAGACCGAUUCCGAAAGAAAAUGGCUUCCUUCAAUCCCGAGCGGAGGCAGAAAUCAGAAGCCAAGCAGAUGCGGAUCCUGCGAAGAGCGACGAUAGCUGAAAAGAAGAAAGAAAAGGCGAAAGAACACAAGAAGAAAGAGCGACAGCGGAAUAAAAUCCGGAAGAAGGGUGCUGCUUCGGACCCGGAUUCACCCGUGGUCAAAGCGAAAUCAGAAGCUGGUCAAGUGUCCGAGUCAAUCCCAAGCACACUGACGUCUGCCAAAAAGGAAGCUGAGAAGCACGCCCCGCGAGAUGAUGAAAUUACCUUUUCGAAAUUCGAUUUUUCAGGUUCCCAAGGCACCGAAAAGACGAGGAAAUCCGGUAAAAAUUUGAAGAGGGUCCUGACGUCUCUUCAAAAGACGAAGGCAAAAGAAGAUAAGCUCAAGAAGCAAGGAGACGAGGAAGGGUUGAAGUCUCUGAAGGAGAAGAAAAGCUGGCAGAACGCGUUGGCUAAAGCAGAAGGCGUGAAAGUCAAGGAUGACAUGAAGCUUGUGAAGAAAUCCCUCAAGAGAAUCGAAAUCAAGAAGAAAUCUUCCACGAAGAAGUGGAAAGAAAGACAAGGGAAUCUUGCUGAGAAGCAGAAGCAGCAGCAGGAGAAGCGGAAGACGAACCUGAAAUCGCGUCAUCAAGCCAAGAUGAAGAAGAAAGUUAAACGUUCUAUUCGGAAAGGACGUGUUGUGUUCUGAGUUCGUUGUUGUUUUCUUGGAAAAAAGUAAGUUUGCCCUGACCACGA